GCACCUGAACCACCUGCACAGAUACCAGUUGAGGUAGAUAAAAGGUACGGCAAUGCAAAUACUGCAAGGACAAUCGUCAGGCUUCCGUUUCUUAGCCACAGGUGCCGUCGUCUCAUUGAUCAUCACAACCUUCUUCAUCUUUGGUACGCGGUAUUCCAAUGACGUCGCCAAGUAUGCUUUGAAGACAUCCCUCAAGCCAGCCCCGCAGUCCUGUUCCCAUCUAUCUCAAUCGACGUCAGUUAAUGAUACCACGUGGGAAUUUGUGGUCGAGCGCGAUGGCGACAACCAUGGGCUUUCGGAUACGCAGUGUCGCAUUGCCUUUCCCAAGUUGUUUGUCGAGCUUGACAAAUCUGCGUCGCUGAGGGAAGGAAGUCGUAUUACAUUCGAAGAGCUGGAUAGCCUGGAGGUGGAGGAUGGUAUGGUGCGGGGUAUUAUUGAUCGUGGUGAGCUCCAUAUAGUCGACUUCGGCGCGAUGCCCGCGACAUUCACCCGCGGAAAGGCAACAUUACAUGCUCUUCAUCGCGCCUUGGCCUCAUUUCCGGACCGAGGCAACUUGCCAUCCAUCGAAUUCGUCUUGACGACGGAGGACUUUAGCAACAGCGAAGGACCGAUUUGGUCCUAUUCCAAGCGGGAUGAACAGGAAAAUGUCUGGUUGAUGCCCGACUUUGGUUACUGGUCAUGGCCGGAAGUCAAGAUUGGCCCAUACAAAGAGAUCCGGCGUCGCAUUGCUGCAGUCGACGACGGGGAGGUCACCAUCGAUGGGGAGGUCAUCUCGGGACUGCCGUUCCAGGAUAAGAAGAAACAGCUUGCAUGGCGAGGUAGCGUUGCUACGAACCCCGAGAUCCGGGGCAAGUUAUUGAAGGCUGCCCAGGGCCGGAGCUGGGCAAGUAUACGGGUGAUUGACUGGGACGAUGAGAACGAUGUCCGGUUAAAUCUGCUGCCCAUGGAAGAUUACUGCCAGUAUAUGUUCCUGGCACACACUGAAGGACGCAGCUUCUCAGGGCGGGGGAAGUAUCUCCUGAAUUGUCGCUCCGUGGUGGUUUCGCACAAGCUGGUCUGGCGCGAGGCACACCAUGCUGCACUCACUGCGUCCGGUCCUGAGGCGAAUUAUAUUGAGGUCGAGCGGGACUUUUCAGACCUAGAUCGAAAGAUGGCCUUCCUCAUUGAUAACCCGGAGGCGGCGCAACGCAUUGCGGAGAAUGCUGUGAAGACCUUCCGGGAUCGGUAUUUGACACCCGCAGCAGAGUCUUGCUAUUGGAGGCAUUUGAUCCGACAGUAUGCCUCAUCUUGUGAGUUUGAGCCUGUCGUGUAUACACAGGAGAAUGGCAAGAGACAGCCCCGGGGAGUUCCAUUCGAGAGUUGGGUCCUUGCUGGUCUUUAGAUGUCACUUCUAUACGCUUUCGUUUCUAUUUGCAUGUAUACGGCGUUGGUGGCUCGGGUUGGACACCUUUUUCUUCAAUUAUUAGCAUUCUAUGAGUGAUGUCUUGGAUAGUAUGACUAUAGACGCAAUGAAUCCC